CGGGCUGCCCUCGGCUCUGCCUCCACUCGGGCCAACCAGGCGGAGGAACCGGCGCUGGGCACCCGCCACGGUGUAAGGAACUGAGACGCCGCGCUGCUGGGAGCGCCGAACAGUUGGGCUGAGACGGGAACUCGAAAGGGAAGAGAGAGGCGGGCCAGGGACAGCCACCAUGUCCUUCCCGCACUUUGGACACCCGUACAGCGGCGCUUCCCAGUUUCUGGUGUCGGCAAGUUCCAGCACCACAUGCUGCGAAUCUACCCCACGCUCAGUCUCAGAUGUAGCAUCAGGCUCCACCCCAGCACCCGCUCUCUGCUGUGCACCCUACGAUAGUCGACUGCUGGGCAGUGCACGACCAGAGCUGGGCACCACCUUGGGCAUCUAUGGAGCCCCCUACACGGCCGCUGCAGCUGCCCAGAGCUACCCUGGCUACCUGCCCUAUAGCCCGGAGCCCCCCGCACUGUAUGGGGCACUGAAUCCACAGUAUGAAUUUAAGGAGGCUGCAGGGAGUUUUACACCCAGCCUGGCACAACCAGGAGCCUAUUAUCCCUAUGAGCGGACUCUGGGGCAGUACCAAUAUGAACGGUAUGGCGCAGUGGAAUUGAGUGGUGCUGGUCGCCGAAAGAAUGCCACCCGGGAGACCACCAGCACACUCAAGGCCUGGCUUAAUGAGCACCGCAAAAACCCCUACCCCACUAAGGGUGAGAAGAUCAUGCUGGCCAUCAUCACCAAGAUGACCCUCACCCAGGUGUCCACCUGGUUUGCCAACGCACGCCGGCGCCUCAAGAAAGAGAACAAAAUGACGUGGGCACCCAAGAACAAAGGUGGGGAGGAGAGGAAGGCAGAGGGAGGAGAGGAGGACUCGCUAGGCUGCCUAAACGCUGACACCAAAGAAGUUACUGCUAGCCAGGAGGCCCGGGGGCUCCGGCUGAGUGACCUAGAAGACCUGGAGGAAGAGGAGGAGGAGGAGGAGGAAGCUGAAGACGAGGAGGUAGUGGCCACAGCUGCAGACAGGCUGACGGAGUUCCGAAAGGGCGCGCAGUCGCUGCCUGGGCCCUGCGCUGCAGCUCGAGAGGGCCGAUUGGAGCGCAGGGAGUGCGGCCUGGCCGCGCCCCGCUUCUGCUUCAGUGAGCCUUCCGGAUCGGAAGAAGCUGACUUCCUCGCGGCGGAGACAGGCGGCCCUAGGUUGACCAUGCACUACCCAUGCGUGGAGAAACCGCGCAUCUGGUCUCUGGCUCACACCGCGGCAGCCAGCGCUGUCGAAGGUGCACCCCCAACCCGGCCUAGGCCACGAAGUCCUGAGUGCCAUAUGAUUCCCGGACAGCCUCCUGCCUCUGCCCGGCGACUCUCAGUCCCCAGAGACUCCGCGUGCGACGAGUCUUCCUGCAUAGCCAAAGCCUUUGGAAACCCCAGGUUUGCCCUGCAGGGACUACCGCUGAACUGUGCGCCGUGCCCGCGGAGGAGCGAGCCUGUAGUGCAGUGCCAGUACCCGUCUGGAGCAGAAGCAGGUUAGCGCAACGGCUGCGAUUUGCGAAAGAAUCUUGGAAAUGGGCCCCACGUUUCGAAUUCAUCUCCAGGUUAAGAAGCUGCCAGACCUUGCCAGGGACCAGGAGCUCUCAUUUUGCCUAAGAGACAGACACACAGAAACCCUCCUAGCAGCUGUCCUUGCACGCAGAGCUGGGUCGGUGGGCAGAAUUGUACCUUAGCCGACCCCACGGAGGAGAUGGCAGGGCACCUUGGGGAAGGCCGAGUGGGAGGCUGGGCGAGUCUGCCCCACCCAACGACUCUACCAAGUCUCUUCCUCCUCUGGAUUCAACAAGGCUUCCUCUCCUGCUCACCCCUGUCUCUCACCUCCACCACGCCCCCUCACUUUGUAACUUCAUCGCAGACCCGGCUACUAAGGACCCUGUGCGUCUUCUCCCCCUCCCAACCCCUUGUGUCCUUAAAAAAUAAUCAGUCCAAACCCAUG